GGCUGGCUCUCAGACGUCUCUCCCCGCAGUCACAGUGAACCGCGGGGGCAGAACGCAGCGGAUCGCAGCGGAAGGAGCCUGAAACGAGGGUCGUUUUGUCCGCAGCUCGACGGGCGGAACCUGCGCGGACUUUCCGAGGCGUUUCUUCGGGCAUGGACAGUCGGCGGCCCGCGGCCGGCAGCGACGGGCCGGCGCUCAGCCUGUAGUCGCGGCCGGGACAGAAGUGCGAGCCCGUGGGACUUUUUACCGGAUGUUUGAUGAGGCGCCCCGCCGCUCGGCUCGCCUCUCGCACCCCGUGGAUUCGCCGGGCUCGCGCGCGCACGCACACUCGCGACCGUCGGAUUCGCGCUUCUGAAGUCGCGGGAGCAACAUGGAGCCCGUCAGCGGCCAGAGCUUCCAGCCGCACCCGGGACUGCAGCGGACUCUGAAGCAGUUCCACCUCAGCUCCAUGAGCUCGCUGGGCGGCCCGGCGGCCUUCUCCGCCCGCUGGCAGCACGAGCUGCUCUUCAAGAAGGAGGGCGAGGAGCCCGAGCCGGUCCCGCGGCGUCUGCCGCCGCCGCCGCCGGCCAUGCCGGGCCCGCUCUUCAUCCCGUCCGACCGCUCCACGGAGAGGUGCGAGACGGUGCUGGAGGGCGAGACCGUCUCGUGCUUCGUGGUCGGCGGGGAGAAGCGGCUGUGCCUGCCGCAGAUCCUCAACACGGUGCUGCGGGACUUCUCGCUGCAGCAGAUCAACUCGGUGUGCGACGACCUGCACAUCUACUGCUCGCGCUGCACGGCGGACCAGCUGGACAUCCUCAAAGUCAUGGGCGUGCUGCCCUUCUCGGCGCCGUCCUGCGGCCUCAUCACCAAGACCGACGCGGAGCGGCUGUGCAACGCCCUGGUCUACGGAGGCGCCUUCCCGCCGCGCUGCAAGAGGGAGCCGGGCGGCGGCUCGCUGGAGCUGGAGCUCACCGAGAGGAGCUUCAGGGUCUACCACGAGUGUUUCGGCAAGUGCCGGGGCUUGUUCGUGCCGGAGCUGUACAGCAGCCCCGGCGCGGCGUGCAUCCAGUGCAUGGACUGCAGACUCAUGUACCCGACCCACAAGUUCGUGGUGCACAGCCACAAGGCUCAGGAGAACCGGACUUGCCACUGGGGCUUCGACUCGGCCAACUGGAGGGCGUACAUCCUCCUGGGCCAGGAUUACUCGCUCAAAGAGGAGAGGGAGGCGGCCCGCCUGCAGCAGCUCCUGGACGACGUCAAGGAGAAGUUCGACUUCGCCAACAAGUACAAGAGGAGAGCGUCGUCGUCCCGGGCCUCCGAUCCCGUCCUGAUGAAAAAGUCCAAAUACGACGACUUCCCAUCGCCAGCCGUGCUGGUGGACAAAGAGAAGCAGCACGACUGGCUCCAGUCCCUGUCCGCCUCCAAUAAGGGGCCCAACUGCAUCCAGCCCAGACAGAGGCCCUCGGCCUUCAGACCCUGGUCCCCCCACGUCUCCGCCGGGGACAAGGAACCGUCCAGUCACCCGCUGGCCCUGCUGAGAGACAGCUUCUACAACUACAGGAGUCUGGAGAAAGCUGUGGCCCCCAACGUGGCCCUGGAACCACUGGCCCUGGGGAAGGUGGCCCCCGUGUCGCCGUCGGUACCCAGCACCUCCCACCCAAGUGAGGGCGCCAACCCCAAGCCCCACAAGAGGAGAGCCUCAGCAGAGCUACCGGCCCCCGGCCCCCCGUCCUCCGCUGCCAGCAAGCCGGCGGGCGACGGGGACUCGGAGGUGGAGGUGGAGGUGGAGAGCCGCGACGAAUUCACUUCGUCCCUGUCCUCUCUGUCGUCGCCGUCCUUCACCUCCUCCAGCAGCUCGGCCAAGGACCUGAGCUCGCCGGGCGCCCAGGGGCCCGUCUGCGGUGCCACGUCGGACGAGGCCGCCACGCCGACGGGCGCCCUCUCCUUAUCCCCCGCGCCCCCGUUAGAAUUGGGGCUGGAGUCUAACUGGAGAGCCCUGAAGCAGGCGCUGGACAGCGGAUUGGACUCCAAAAGAGUGAAGGAGAAGUUUCUGCACGAGAUCGUUAAGAUGAGGGUGAAGCAGGAGGAAAAGUUGGGAUCGGCCCUGCAGGCCAAACGCAGCCUCCAGCAGGAGCUGGAGUUCUUGCGGGUGGCCAAGAAGGAGAAGCUGCGGGAGGCCACCGAGGCCAAGCGCAACCUGAGGAAGGAAAUCGAGCGUCUGCGGGGCGACAGCGAGAAGAAGAUGAAGGAAGCCAACGAGUCGCGGCUCCGCCUGAAGCGCGAGCUGGAGCAGGCGCGGCAGCUCCGAGUGUGCGAUAAAGGCUGCGAGGCCGGGCGCCUUCGAGCAAAGUACUCGGCACAGAUCGAGGACCUCCAGCUGAAGCUGCAGCACGCCGAGGCGGACCGCGAGCAGCUCCGAGCCGACCUGCUGCAUGAGCGGGAGGCCAGGGAGCACCUGGAGAGGAUGGUGAAGGAGCUACAGCAUCAGCUCUGGCCCAAAUGCAACAUUGACAAGGAGGAAACGCCGGCUGAAAAGUAAUCCAGCCAACCUCCCCCCCCCCACCCCCGCCCCCUCCCUAACAUCACCCGCCAGGUCAGACGGUGAACACCGGCCACGUCGCACUGCCGUCCGUCACGCUCGCCCUCCACCAUGCACCGACGACACAGACACAGAGAGAAGACACCACGACUUAAAUCAAACACUGACCACCAAAGGAAAGCGACACAACGCGUGCUGCCGCCACGGGGAGAGACUUCUGGGACGCUAAAUCCUCAGAGAGGAUCACAUCACGUCACCGUCCAGCGCCAUGACGGAGCGGGUGGAGGUUUCUGAAGACGUUCUAAACUAUCUAAGAGACUACUCGGGGAAUGUAAGGGCAGUUUCUUUCUCUCACUGUGCUAUUGAGGUUUGAAAGAGAUAGUAGAUGGACAGAACGGGUCUUUUUUCAGGACCGUCCACAGUUCAAAGUUCAAGCCACCCGUCUUCUCCUCCCAUUGUUAUUUUCUUGAUUGAAAAGUCUGAGUCAAACACCUGAUGGAUAUUUGAAGCAUUUGGGUCAAAACCCUGAAGUUUGUAUCUUGAAAAGAUGCAAAAUCCAGAAGUGAUGAAAGUCGGCUUGUUUUUUUACUCCAACUGAAUCCGACGGCGUCCUCCAUGACAUCGUGGUGGGCUGGAUGGGCAAAACCCACAAAAUGUUCAUUUGAAUUAAAUUAAGUUGUAUGUAAAUAUACAUGUAUGUUGUUGUUUUGUUUCUUUUGACUUUACAAGAAUGAAUCGCACUUUGUCAUAACGAGAUACUGUUCUAAUGCGUUGUGCUCCCACUAUUGUCUUCAAUCGGCUGCGACCAUAUAAACGUAAGCGUUUGUGCUUCUAUGCACCUCCAACAAACACCGUUCUGUUUGCUUAAAGGCAACGUCUUGUAAAUAAACGGGAGGGAAAAGAGGCUCGGCCUGUUGCUCGCUGAUGCAAAGGUUCUCCCGCUUCUUUAAUAUCAUUUACACAAAUGUUGUUCAGGCACUCGGUUACAACAAUUUGACACAACGCGAUGAACAGCAUGCGUCCGUCAGGGGAACUUUAUCCGAAGCAGAGGCCAAGAAUCUGCCCCCAGUGGGUACAAUGCAACCAGAAUGUACAUUGUGUUGAAUGCUACGUUUCCUUUUUGAUGUUCUUUUAAAACUUGCUUGUCUAUUAUGCUUUUUUCCCAAUGGAAACUCAUAUUGUCUCCAUGCAUGAGUUUUCCAUACAUAUAGUCAAUUAUUGGGCAUUGAUGCUGUAUAUGUAAAGGUUUUAUUGUGUUAUGCAAUUUAUAAUAAUUUGUCUUAUCAUGAAGAGGGAAAAGGUAAUAAAACACACACACAUUGUUCUAAAAAGACUAAACAAUUCAAUAAUUCAUGCUGGAAAACCUCAAGUGCCUGGAGGUGGGCGGAAGGUUUCCAGGGGAGCGAAGCUGUCAGGGCCUCUCAUCAACUUCCUGUUUGCAGGUUUCAAAUUAAAAGCCCCUCCCUCGCUCAGCAGCUCUUUUUAUCAGUAUUCUUAAAAGAAAAACAGUUGAAAGUGGUUUUCCCUGAAUGAGUGUUUUAUUUUCUUCAUUUGAAAUCAAAGAUAUGCAUGUUGAGUUUUCUAGAAGAUUUGAAGAAGCCACGUGUUUGGGCGGAUUGUUACUUUGGGUUGUAUAUAGAGGCUGUCGGGGUAACGGGGCAUUACGCUGAAAGCCCUUUUCUUACCUGGCGCCAUCGCGCAGGUGGACUCGCGUCUGCGACUUUGGCAGAACGCAAAUUGAUACAUUUUGUAAUUGUUUUUACACUCAAAGGGGUUUCUAGCCUGUGUGUAGUUUACUUUACUCCUGGUUUUCUACAAGGACUUUAUCUCUUCACUCCCACGCAGAAGCUAAAAGCAGUUUAACAGCGACUUGUUUUCUAGAGGAGAAGCAUUUGCUAAACAACGGACAGUAAGGCAGCAAUAACGGUCCAUGUGAAUAGAUGAGUAACUUGCCAGUGUGACCAUUUCAAUAACAAUUUACAAAUGUAAAUAUCUUUUUUCAUUUACAAAAUUGUAUAAUAUAUGUACAUGGUGUUUCCUUUUUCAAAAAAAUCUUUUCUUACCAUAGCUGUCUGUUUUUUUAAUGGUUUUUGUGUUUUAACUGAACAGCAGUGCGUAAGAGAAUAUUCCCUACAUACACAUUUUAAGCCAUUUUUUUUUUUUACUGUAGUCUUUAUAUUGAAUGACUUUUUUUCACCAGUUCAUAUAUAUUUUUAACAGUAUGUUCAGUAUCAAAUAGCAGGACGACCAUAUGAGUCCCAGAACUACGUCACCUUGCAGAUUGUUUCCCCUCCACCCUCGUGUAUCUUUUAGCCCUGUGCUGCUGCUAAUACUCUACAAACCUUACAAUUCUAGAACUAUUUUUAUGUAAGAGGUAAAUGUAAGCUUCCCCAUUCAUUAAUGCCACAUUUACAGAAUGAACAAACCUUCAUCUACAUCCUUGUUUCCCAUCUUUUUACGCCUUUUCCUUCAGCGACACCUCCCUCUUCUCUCUCGACACGGACUAUAUUGUAAAGUAAAGGACUUUAUGAGAUUACGUUUGAAGAUAGCUAUGCUUAUAUACUACAGUGACUGAAUGUACAGUGUAUAGAUGCAUUACCAGAAAUAAAGUUCUUUGUCCAGAUUGAA